AUGGACGCAUCACCAAUUGACGAGUUAUCAUCAAACAAGUUUAGCAUUCCAAUAUUGGAUUGUGAUGUCGCAUUGGACUCACCUUCAUUUUGGUUACCAGUAGUGACCAUAAUCACCGUCUUGUAUAUACUCAUUACUAAGAAAUUCUCCACCAAAUCCAAAUUCCAAAACAAUGAUGAUAACAUUAUCACCACCACCAGUGGUUCAUCAAUUUCUCGCGGCAAAUCGAAAUUUUAUGACUCAUUUGACCCAAACUACAAAAUCCACCCCGUUGAACCAACAUUCAAAUGGGAUUCAGUCGAUGCAUUGAAAUCGUACCCUUUUAAAAAUGCCGCUUAUAAAUUAACAAUGUCAAUUGCAUCAUUACAGCCACAGGAUUGGUUACUAAUUGAACCAACUUAUUUGAAUCGAUUAGAAAAUAAAUGGAAGAUUUUAAACAAUUGUCACCCGGAUUACCCCAAAGAUAAAGACACUAGAAAAUCGACAUUGUUUAUGACUGAUGAAGCAUACGAUGCUGUUGUUGAAUUCUACGAAAUGGUUGUCAACUACAUGUGUAAUAAGUACCCAAUGUAUUUUCAACGUGAUGAGCCACUGGGGAACUUUAACAAUUUAAUCACGAAUAGGUCGUAUCCUCUAAAAGGUUCAGGCAUUAGUGGUAUUCAAUUACAAGAAUACCUUGCUGAGAAUAUCGAAGAAGAUUUUAUUAUUUUACAACUCGAUCCAAAACAAGCUCAACUCAAUCCCGAAGACCCCACCCUGAAUGAGUACUUUUUCAAAGCGGGUAUUUUUGCAUUUGCAGCCGGGUUCAACCCCUUGGAUCGGUUUAAUAAACCAUUGACGUUUAUUCACGAACGUAUACCAGGCUACACGACAAAAUUGCGUCCAUCAAUGAAUAAAUUUUUCAAUCGAAUUCAACCGCAUCAAUUUGUAACUAGGUCCAAUUGGUCACUACAAACACAUCACAGGUUUUACGUUGAUGAUAGCAACAAGGGCCACAAUUUGCCAGCUGAUUAUAUUCAACAACCAUUGGCGUUUGAGGAGUUGGAUUUUGAAAAUCAAGUUCAUUAUCGUAGUGAACGCCAAGUAUUGACGAAAUUGCCCCAAUCAAAGGCAAUUGUAUUCACCAUUAGAACUUAUUUGUUACCGUUGGCUAAAGUGAAGUCGGAUGGAGUUGAAGUUAGAGAACGUUUGAUUGGUGCUAUAAAGGGUUUACCUGAAGAUAUUUCAAGAUACAAAAGAGCUGAAGAGUGGGGGCCACCAAUUAUAAAGUAUUUAGAAGCGAAAGAUUAA